CUUCAUAAUAACCAAAUCUGAACGUCUCGGAGGAAGCUCUUCCUUGCCAUUACUUCUCGGACUCCCUACAGGCUUUCAUCCAGUCCACGCCAUCUCUAUACCGAGUCCUCUGACAUCCUUUUCAACCCAAAGACCCCCAUCUUCACAUACCCCACCAUGGGCGAAUCGAGACAAGAACUGCUGGCAUGGCUCAACAACCUGCUGCAGUUGAACAUGACCAAGAUUGAGCAGUGCGGUACAGGUGCCGCUCUGUGCCAAAUCUUCGAUUCGAUAUUCAUGGACGUCCCCAUGUCUCGUGUCAAGUUCAACGUCAACACCGAAUAUGCCUACCUUCAGAACUUUAAGGUCCUUCAGAACAUCUUCGCGAAGCACCAAGUCGAGAAGCCCAUCCCCGUCGAGCAGCUCACCAAAUGCCGCAUGCAGGAUAACCUGGAGUUCCUCCAGUGGACCAAGAGAUACUGGGACCAACACUACCCUGGUGGUGACUACGAUGCAGUCGGCCGUCGGAAGGGCUCCGGUGCUCCUCCGGCCGGACCUACCUCCCGCACCAGCUCCAGCGCUGCUGGCAGCGCCGCUCGGCGUGGCACGACCCCGACUGUGGGCGGUGCUCGCCCCCGGGCUGCCGGUGCGGCCACUUCGGCCAAUACCGCUGUCCUGCAGCAGGAGAUCGCGACCCAGAAGGAGGCCAUCACCGGGUUGGAGAAGGAGCGGGAUUUCUACUUCGCUAAGCUCCGAGACAUUGAGCUGCUGCUCCAGAGCGCGAUUGAGCAGGACCCCGAGUUGGAGAAGGAUGAGGAUUCGUUGGUGAAGCACAUCCAGGGUAUCCUAUACUCGACGGAGGAGGGAUUCGAGAUCCCUGAGGCGGAGGCCGGCGCGGAUGAGCUGGAAACCUUCUGAGUUCAUAGCAAUGUUGGUCCCGCAAUAUUAAUACCCCCUUCAUAGCACACUGCGCAAGCGUUAAGUCGUCGCUUGACGAUGUUUGAUUUGGUUUUGUUCUUUCCAGUUUUCUUCAUUUUGCUACAAAUUCUGCCUAGAGCGUUGGUCGUCGAGAUGAUGCCUGAUUUGGAGAGAGGUUGAGAGAUGAGACGCCAUGUAGGGGGUGAAAAAGGGGGUGAAACCGGAACAUUGUGUUUUGUCUUCUUGAGAUGGACAUAAAGGGGCGAUGAGGGGUAGCUUUUUUUAAAGGGAACUUUGUAUAGUCAAGUUGGGGUGAGAGAAGCCAAGCAAUCAGCCAAAAUCCUUUCAGAAUCUCUUUUUCUUUUUCUUUUCUCAUGCAUGUCUUGCUACUUGAUAUAUGUG